AUGGUUAUUGGUACAAGCUCCGCAUUUCGAGAGGAAAUGCUGCGCCGAUAUUUUUCUGGAGCCUUUGAAAACUUUGUAACUAUCCCUCCGGAUGUGAAUGAAAAGGAAUACCGAGCGGAUGAUCCUGUGAAGAUGACAGAAGAGAUCGCACGAGCCAAGAUGAAGGCUGUGCUAGAGAAGGUAAAGAGAUUGCUCCCCGCUGAGGCUGCGCAUGGAGUGGUGGUCACCUUCGAUCAGGUGGCGGUGAAGGAUGGAGAAAUCCGAGAAAAGCCGAUUUCUAAAGAAGAAAACAGGGAAUUUCUCGCAUCUUACUCCGGCAGCAGCGUAAAGACCGUAUCGACGUAUAUAGUCUAUUCACUUGACACAACAGUAAUGGCAGUGGGACAUCAGGAAACGGAAACAUUUUUUUCACCCUUUGGGAAUGAUGUGAUUGACAGAAUCAUUGAACGUGGUGCUAGUAUGAAUGCGGCGGGUGGAUUUGUAGUGGAAGACCCGGAUUUAAGUCAGCAUGUAUUACGUGUCUCUGGAACUCUGGACGGCGUUCGUGGGAUGGAUCCUGCUCUUGUGGGAAGUCUACUGGUAAAUGUGGAGUAA